CACAUGUACACAUACCUCAGAAACUUUUAGUUUACUUAAAAACAUGUUGCCUUAUCGGAAUAUUGAAGAAGCAGAAGAAGCACUUAGUAGGGCUCUAAGUUUUGCAGAGAAGCUAUGGUUCAAAUACUCAGCUAAAAAACCAGAUCACAUCCUCCAUUACCAUAACAUUAUCUUCCUUAUGUUGUUUUACACCUUGGCUCCCCUGCCGUACGUAUUCAUCAGCCUCGGCGGGUUCAAGAACAUGGACAAGUACAAAAUUCAGCCAAAAGUGAAGGACUCCUUCUUCAACAUGUUCAAGUGCUACAAAGAUGUCAUGCAAACCUUCCUUCUUGUUGUUGGUCCUCUGCAAGUGAUUUCAUCCUCCACAGUCCAGUGGAUAGGGAUACGGACAAGUCUGCCAUUGCCGUACUUGUCGCAAGUAUUUGUGCAAAUUGUGGUGUAUUUCAUUGUAGAGGAUUUCUCACAUUAUUGGAUCCAUCGGAUGCUCCACUGUAAAUGGGCCUACGAGAAGAUCCACCGGGUCCACCAUGAAUAUACUGCUCCCAUUGGGCUUGCAGCACCAUACGCUCAUUGGGCCGAGAUUUUGAUUCUGGGCCUUCCAUCAUUCCUCGGCCCAGCUUUGGUUCCUUGUCACAUUACCACCUACUGGUUAUGGUUCGUUUUGCGGCAGUUGGAAGCAAUCGAAACUCAUAGCGGGUACAACUUCCCUUGGAGUCCCACAAAAUUUAUCCCAUUUUAUGGAGGUGCAAAGUAUCAUGACUACCAUCACUAUGUCGGAGGACGUAGCAAAAGCAACUUUGCAUCAGUUUUCACCUACUGCGAUUACAUCUACGGGACCCACAAGGGAUACCAGUCUCACAAACAAGUACUUGAGAAGGCAAAACUGUAAAAUGUUGUAAAAGUUGUGGAAAUGAAUGCCCACAAAUUUUAGCCAAAGAUGAAAAGUGAAGAAGAUUUAUGAAUAAUAGCAUUGUUGUUGUUGUAUGAUGUUUUUCAAAAUGCACUCAUUUCAUUUUUAUGAUUCUUCACAAAUAUGGCUCUAUAUAAGGAGCAUUCCAUGUAUGAUCACAACAAACAAAAAAGAAAAGGGUAAAAGCAAUAAUACCAAGGGGUGUGUUAUCCACACACUCAUUUUUACUUCUCA